CACAACAGCCGAUUCUGGGUGGGGUGGACUCGUGCUGUGGCUGCCCUCGGCUACUAAAAAAAGGCCAAUUGCUUGUCUUACUGCAUGUGUUGUGGAACCCUCAUUGAUAAAGGUAGUUUAGCGUAAAUCCUUUGGAUCCCAGUUUGUAGGCAGACUUACGCUUCGAGUGAGGAAGGAAUCUUGGAAGCUGUGACAGAUGAGAGAACGAAUGCAAGUGAAUGGUGGGAGCCGGACUGGUCUCUUGCAUAUGCCUAGUUACUCUGGGGGCUAUCUAGGUAUAAAGCACUCAUGGCCCUUGGAGCUCCUUCACAACGUCAGCACUGAGCAUUUCCUCUGUGGCCGACCGUCUAGGUGUACACAUAGUAAUCAUGUCUACCGUUAUUCUUUUGGGUUCUCAACAUGCUCGCAAAGUCAUUGAGUCUUGUGGUCGCAUCCACAUGUAUGAUUUUCAAGUGGGUGUUGGAGUUGUGACUGGCUUGGCACUUUGCUGCUUUCUCGCGCGCAUGGCCAUCCGGCUCACAUACCAAAAACAACUACGCCUGGACGAUGCAUUCCUCAUCUUGGCCACUGCCUGUCUCUGUGUCAGCACGGGCAUCCUUUAUCAUAUAACCUAUUUCCUCUACAUGCAUGCAGCUGCCCUGCUCGCGCCAGAGGCACUCGGUGAGAUAUUUGCCUAUUUUGGUGAACUUCUCAACCUUCAAAAGAAGGUCUACCCAUUACUGGCUAUGUUAUGGACGGCAAUCUUUGCUGUCAAAGGUUGCUUCCUAGUAUUCAUGCACCCGCUUGUCUGGCACAUAUCACGUCGUGUAAGAUGGUAUUUCUGGUUUGUUGUGGGCUUUACCAUAGUGUCCUGGAUGUUUGUCAUUGUCGACCCUUUUAUUAUCUGCCCGUAUUUCGGGGCCGAUGCCAUUCAAUGUUUUGCCUCAACUGUGGAUGGGAACAAGACCCUCGGGCUCACUGCUCUUGUCACGGUCCUAGAUAUAUCUUCCGAUCUCAUGAUCGUCGCUAUCCCAAUCAUCAUCCUCAGGCAUUCAUUUCUCCGACUGUCCACAAAGAUAGGACUGUGCAUAUUCCUUGGCCUGUCCAUCUUCAUGGCAAUUUGUGCCAUCAUCAGGAUCGCUGGAUUUCGUUAUAGAGGGGUCGAGGAUGACACCUGGGCAUUCUUCUGGCAGCAUAUAGAAGGCGCCGUAGCCAUCAUGAUGGCGUCGAUCACCGCAUUCCGCACGCUCUUCGUCAGACAGACGUUGGACGACAAGCACACCUCAGAAAGCCCUGCUGGCAGCGCCUUCCGCAGGAUGAUCAGGCGCUUUCAGGUGCUAGCUCGGGCACAGCCUGACGAGAAGCAGACCUCUUUCACCGAAACUGAAAGUGGCUCGCUGCUCAAGCUGCCCAAGCUCCCGUCUCCGGUCUUCACCGGUAUACGAACAUUCAUCCGCAGAAACAACCGUACGGAGGUUGGCGGAACGACUGUAGCGACUUUGGACUCCGUGGUCGACGCCUCCGAAGCAGAUUACCACGCCGCUAUCUGGGCGCAGACACACAGCGCGAGCUAACCAUCCUUUUCACAUGCGAAUUCUUCGAGAUUGAGUUGAUCUGUUUUGAUGUUGAGGGGAAAUACAAUAUUAGAAUGCGUUCAAAUAAUUUAAGAGCACUUCAAUUGUCUCGGAACAAAUCCAGAUAAUCCAUGUGGCGAUGCAUCAGACUCGAGUGCUAUAUCUCUUUCACCAGCCAUUCGCGGGCCACGUGCCCUGCGCCUCUUUCUUGCAACAGGAAGCAUAUCCAGCCACUUUUAACCAUAGUCGAGUGCUGUGUUUCAAGUUCGCGGGACUCGAAAGUGUGGCCUUUGGGCCGGGCCAGCUAUUGCACAGCAGUUGACGGGUCCGUCUCAGUACGUGCCAAAUAUGCUGUGCUGUAGGACUUCCAUGUUGAUUCAAAAGAACAUACAAAGAGGUUUAGUUGUAAUUAUGGUUAUAACACUACAAGAAAAAUUGCACCAGUAUAGAAACACAAAAUCAAGUUUAUGCAUGGCUUCGGACGUAUACCGAAUA